CCCCCCCCCCUUCCCCCCCUUUCCCCCUCCCCCCCUUCUUCUCCGAGCCCGGCCCCUCCGUCGCCGUUCUCCCCCUCUUCCCCCCCCCCUCCCCUUUCCCCCCUUCGCACGCCCGUCCCGGCACAGCCUCGCAGGCGAUGCCAGCGUCUGGCCGGAAGAGGAAGGCCAACUUCUCCAAUGACGAGACUGAGACGCUGGUCUGGAAUGUGGUCCGGCAUUUCAGCGCCCUGUAUGGGUCUGAAGCCCUGCGGGCUCACCCCGUGCGGCGGAAGCAGCUCUGGACCCAAAUCCAAAGCCGCGUCAACUUCCUGGGCUACACCGAACGCUCCAUCGACGACCUCAAGCACAAGUGGCGCGACCUGCGGCUGGACGUCAAGAAAAAGAUCACCUCCAAGAAGCACCUGCCCAUGAACCGCGCCGGCGGGCCGCUCCACAAGCCGCGCCUCACGCCCCUGGAGAAGAUGGUGGCUUCCACCUUCUUGCAGGCCAGCCACGACUCGGAGCCCGAAAUCAUCCUGGACCCAGAUCUGUUCUUCCCCGGAGCGACCAAGCAGUCCUUCAUGCACCUGCAGCCCGGUGUCAGCCACCCCAGCAUCUACAUCGACACCAACGGGCAGCCCUCAUCCCUGCCGGACGUGGAGGGCUCCGCUGUGCCCCGGCUGGCGGUGCAGAGCCCCGACCCCUCCGUCAUCUGCGAGUACAGCCGAGGGGAAGGACAGAGCAGUUCGGCCGAGUCGGGACCGGAGCUGCGGACUCCGGACGUGUCAGCCAUUUCCCCGUCCCUGCGAAACGAGUCCCUCGUCUCCUACGCCUCCAUGUCGGAGGAGGAGGAACGGGAAGGCCGGGAGGUGGAGAGGGGCCACGGCGGGGCCGUGGGGAUGCAGUCCGGGCCCGAGGCCCCCAUGUCUGCGGAGGAAGACAUGAAACUGUCCCGCCAGGCCAUGCUGAUCCGCAGGUGCAGCUCCCAGGGCUCCGUCACCUCUCUGCCCGAGGACCCUCUCAACCCCGUGGACGCUCACUCGGACUGGGGCCACGAGGGGGUGUCCGACCUGCCCCCCCUGGGCCGUGGGCUCGACUCCUCGCACCCCGAGGAGCACGCGGGGGGCCCGGGCCCGGAGAUGGGCGCUUUGCCCAGGGUACUGAUGGGGCCCACCUGGGAGAAGCCGACGGUGGAGGAAGAACCCCCGGCCCGCUCCCCGCUGCACGGCGCCCUGACCGAGGAGUCGCUGCCCUCCUCCGCCUCCCCCCCGGGGGACGCCCCCGCCGCCCCCGGCCCACCGCGCGGCCUGGGCUGCUCCCGCCUGCGGGAAGACCGCCGGGAGAGCUGGAGGACUAACAUCCAUCACCUGCUGGACCUGGAGGAGCAGUGGGACCAGCUGUACCACCAGGAGCUGGCCAUGUGGCAGGAGGAGCGGGCCACCCAGCGCGAGGAGAGGGCCCGCGACCGCGAGCUCCAGUUUCGCUUGCUGGGCGUCCUGACGGACAUCCGCGACGAGCUGCGCUACCUGCGUCAGGAGAGGGCCAGCGCCCGGCAGAGCCAGGCGCCGCCGGCCGAGCCCCGGCCGGACCCCAGCCCGCUCCUCGAGCAGCCCAAAGCCGAGCCCAGCUUCCCCGAGCCGCAGGCCGGGAGCGCCAGCUGGGGAGAGACCGCCGUGCCCAGCCGAAGCCCCUUCGGGAACCGGGGCCGGGGCCGGCGUCGGGGCCGGCCGCGCGGCUCUGCCUCCAGACACAGACGGCUCUUCCUCACCAACAGCUAGGGACAGGCGGGGACGCUGUCCCGCGAAGGACAUGGUGUGUGCCUGCGGCCCUCCCGGUGCCCGCGCGCGCGCGCGGGCCUCCGGCUACGCCGUGGGUGCCCGGCCACGGACAGAGGGGUGUGCGCGUGGGGGGAACGGUGUGCGUGGGUGUGCGUGGGAGCUGCCUGGGUCACGGGAGGCGUGCGCCAGCGUGCCGCGGUCGGCGCCUGCCCCGCCGGCACGCCCGGGCCCCCGCAAGCACGGGGAAGGCUACGAGGGGACGCGGGCGGCCGGCGCCGCGCACGCCCGCCCGGGGAGGGAGGCGGUGAUAACACACGCGUGUGUAAGGGCGUGCGAGCGGCCGGGAGGCCUGCCUGCGCCCGCGGCCGUGCCUCUGCCUGCGCGGGCAGCCCGGGGCAGGGCCCGCGAGCGUGGCCGGCCGGGCGCGUGUGAGCGAGCGGGACACGCGGCGGGGAAGCGUGUGCGUGCGCGUGUGUCAGCGGGGCCGUGUGACAGCGCUAGUCGAGUAGGAUUACUACCUUCGGGGGGGGGGGGGGGGGGGGGGGUGGGAAGUUAGGAACACUUAGUCGCUGAUGUGCGAACAUUUUAUGCAAAUCAUUUAAUGACCUAAUUUGCAUAUAACCAUAAACUUCUGUUAAAAAAAAAAAUCCCCAAAAAACAGAAAGGCCGUCUCUGUGUGUGAACUCGGUGCUGGAGCGGCGCGGUGAGGAGGGUCGCGGGCGAGCGGGACCUGCUGCCCCCCACGAGCCCUCCCGCGCCGCCCGCCGAAGUCGUGUUCCCUUCUCGGCCAGGAGCUGUGCCGGGUGCCGGCGGUGCCGUGCCAGGCCGGCGGUGAUGCCCACCGUGGCGCUUGGCAGGGGUGGCGAGCCGCCCGCGUCGGAUACCUGAGGAUUAAUCCUGCCCUUGCGAAGGCAGCCCCUUGCAGGGCCGGGGAGGGGAGGCCAUGUGCUUCCCUCCAUCCUCCUCCCCGGUCAACCCUGCAGGCAGGCAGCUGCCUGAUCCCCCGGCGCUGGGGCCGUGUGAGCCACUGCUGCCCGUGGGGAGACCCGGCUCCUCUACCCUGCCUCCCCAUAGCACCGGUCGUGGGUCCUUUCCCCUCCUGGCUCCCCACGUAAGCCUCAGGGAAGUCCCCGACCUUCCUCCGCCACCCCUCUCCCUCCUCGCUUGUAGCCAACGCUGCUCGACUGCUGUGUCAUGCUGCUAAUUCGCCGCCUGCCCGUAGUUCCUCCCUGCUCAAAUCCCCGGUGCUGCCGGCACGCUGCCGCCG